AUGGAUGCCACGCCACCCCUUCCGGAUGUCACAAGGAGGACCUCAGAGCCCAACACUCCACCAGUGACUCACGGCAGCCUGGAAGGAGAAAAGGACCAGAGCGGUGGCAGCAGAGGCGGCAGCAGCAGCAGCAGCAGCAGCAGCAUCCCUGGCUUUGUGGGAAUCCCAGUCAUCUUCCUGGUCAUCACAGCUGUCUGCAUCCUGUGGAGCUGGACCAAGCGGCAGAAGCGGCAAGUUCGUUACCUCCAAGUCACUCCCUCCCUGACUCUGCCUCCACUCAGACAACGGGCCAAAAAUAUUUAUGACCUCUUGCCUCGGCAGCAAGAAGAGCUGGGGAGACAUCAUUCAAGCAGCCGGGUUUUCAGUACUGAGAGCCUCCUCUCCAGAAAUUUUGACAGCCUGGAGCAUGCGGCCACCCAAGGGGAUGAUGCCCCUCAGAUGCAUAGAGCUCACAUUCAUGCUGUGGAGUAUACAGUGGGUAUCUAUGACAACGCCACAGUGCCCCGGAUGUGUGAGCUCCUCCCCACUUCAGCACACUACACCAAUGUCGGAACCGCCAGGGACAGCUCAAGCAUUUCUUCUAAUGACUAUGUCAACAUCUCCACAGCUGAGACUCUAACUUCCUCCAACGGCACACCUGAAAAUCGUUUUGUUCUCUCAAGUGACCUGGAGCUGAACUUUACUGAAGAGGGGCACGCCAGCUGUGGGGAUGCUAGUGACCACAUUCAUUUUGGAGAUCCAGGGACUAAGGGCAGUGACAGUGACGGGUCAUCUCAGACCUCACAUGACUAUGUCAAUAUGACAGGUUUGGAUCUCGGAGGCAUCCAAGAGAAUCAGCCCCGUGUGGCUUUGCACUGCAGCGAUUAUGAAAACAUCCCACCUGCGGGUCCCAGUGGAAACCAGCAGCAGGUUCAGGAACCAGUGACAACCUCAAACACAGGAGAGGACAGGACACAUGCACCAGUGACCCACAUCCUACCUGUCUCCAGAGUCCUGUCACCGGUAUACUCUGUGGGCUUUUGGCCACCCGUAUGGAGUGAGGACAGCCAGAUAACGCAGAGAGAAGAGACGUCCAGUGAAGACUCUGAUGACUAUGAGAAUGUUCUAGUGGCCGUGUUAGGGAGCAGAGGCUGGGAGCAGGGGCCUGGCACUCAGCUCGCUCCUGCUGAUCGAACAUCAAUGGGAAGGCCACAGGAGGUAGUCUGUCCUGCCCGGUCCCUCGCCACCGGAGAGGCUCAUGAAGAGGCUGGAGGGCUCUAGCCCCGCAGUGGGCUCACUUGAAUAUGCUAAGCAAAGGCUGACGGGACUAGCAUGUUGCAUGCAAGUAGAUGAUUAGGAAACCCAGAAAGGAGUUCUCAAGCAGGGUGCUCUCAGGCCAACUGAGGAAAGUCU